AGGCUACGGGAGGAACAAAUUGUACAUGUGCAAUGAUGAAAUUUCAAAACAAAUGUAAUGCUUAAAAACUGGACCGGCACGCUCACACACUCAUUAGAAAUGAACAUGAUGGAUUGAGCUCGGACAAAACGCACCCGAAACCCUUCUGCGGCGAUCUGCAGCGACGUAGAACAACGGCAGUGACCAACAGAAUACCGGGAGAUCAAUCCGUAAUUGUUCGUGUCUUGUCUCCUUUCCUACUCCGCCGCAGACGUCACCACAGGGCCAAGCAGUCCGUAACUUCGCUGACGCGCAAGGCUCCAUAGCAUACCCGGCUUUACAACCUCAGCUCUUGCCCAUGCUUCUAGACACGAUCGGUGUAGAUUACAAAGCCGCGCCAUCUUCUUCUAGCUGCACCGGGGGAACUUCCUCAAGUUGUUCCCUUCCUAGGCUUGCAGACAUUCUCGCAAACAAGGAAAAAGAAGCUCACUCUCCAGCUUGUCCUGGAGAUAUAAUUUCCGUCCGAACCAAAUUCCGCUGCGUCAAACCCGAGCAAGUGCUGGCGUAAAAAUACCGCAAGAAGAACAGAAUGACCGAGCCAACCCUGGUGGACUGCCCAUCGGCAAGCUGGGAGAAGGUGGACAGCAGCAUAUUUCAAGUCCGGGGCGCGGAGUACCUUUCAGACAAGGUCAAAACAAACAGUCUCGAAAGCCUUUACGAGUGCUACCAUGUGGCAUUCGUUCGGGGAAAGCACGGAAAAAUCGACAAGUCAGAGAUAUACUCCGCUCUCGUACAGCAGGGCAAAGUUAACCUGCGAAUGAGCAAAACAGGUACAUGCACAUCAGCUGAGAAGAGCUUCGUCUUUCAAUCAUGGUGCUGCUAUGUUUUUCUGUACGCGUCACCAAGUUCAGGGGCAUCCUGAUUUUUCUCACGCAGAUACGCACAUUGGUAUAGACCCACGCAUGCAUGAGCAAUUUCAUUCAAAACCACAGAAGCAUCAGUACCCGAGUACCUCGUUGUACACGGCCAGAUGCCAUGCGUGGGACCCAGCUUACUCGGAGGGAACAGCAAGGACGACUUUGGGUGCUCCCUCAUAGCAUGGUUCAAGCUGCGAGACGGUGUCGACCUCGACUGUCCCGCUUUGUCGCUCCUGCAACGAAUGCUGGAGCAUGGAUCGAGUCAGCGAAAUGGUAUAAGUAGAGUUGGUGUUGUACUCAUUUGGCUGCGCACGUUAAUCAUGCCAAGGGCAUUCGCGUUGUCAUAGAUUUGAUAUUUUUGAAAACCAAAAAUAUCAGGCGUGUCCUUCAAGGCAAUAGGAUUUUGCGAAACGUGGGAGAAUCUGGGUAUUCCGGACGCUGCGAAAGGCUACAACGGCAAGCCAUCACUCAUCGCAGAUUCACUACGCUUGUGCCACGAGUACAUAUCUAUCGUUCUGAGCUCUUGGAGAUAAAUUGUGGAGCCGAAGCUGAAAGCUUUUUGUGCACUUUCAUGUCCUGCCUUUGAGAAAAUCGUGGACUAACCUACAAAACUCCCCUCUUUGAAUGAUACAGUAGAAAAGUUUAUUGUUCUGCUGUGCGAAUUUCACAGCAAGCCUAUUAAUCCUAAAAACAGAAACAACGUGGCGAUACUAGAGUUUGACGUGCGAAAAUGGUCCUACCUUGCGAGGAAUUGCCUUCAUUCCGCGAUGACCAACAAGGAAAAGUCAAAGCUGAACCGAAUUCGCAUCGGCUACCUGAUGGAGGGAAAGACGCCCGAGGAGCUGCCGGAGCAGCUCCUGGGAUGUUUCGUGAUAUCGAACAUGGUAUCAAAUGCAAAAUCCUCGUACUCGUACUAAUCGCAGAUAUGCAUGACAAAUCUGGUUCCCAAGGUAAAUCAGCAUGACAAAUUCCAUUUUCCAUUCUGAGAAAAUUUGUCAUGCGAUUUAUACUAGUGCGAUACUUUUGCAAUGCAUACAUGGAUGUGGACGAGUUUCCCUUCAUAGACGCGGGCUCACCCGUAUGGCGUUCUCAAGCGUUACACUCUCAACUGUUACGUGAUUUGUCAUGCAGAAUGACCAUGAGCCGCAAGACGAUCAAGCUGCUUCGCAUGACAAAUUAUCGAACGGCUAAACAGCAUCUAGAUCCGUGCCAAAUUUGUAAUGCAAGACUUGCAAGCUUUCCCCUUUUCCCAUUGCUGUUUUCGCAUUAUAUGGGUUUGGGUUGCGUUUGUGGUUUCGGUCGGUUUAGCAUUACAAAUCCAUGUAACAGUUGCGAAUGUAACAGUUGAGAACGCCACAACCCGAAAAGCUGGACAGCGGGCGUCGCGGCAGCGGGAUUUUAAAGAGCCUGUUUGGUUGACUGGGUUUUCUUUAUCGAUAUCGUUUGCGUUCCUGUUCGGAAUUCAGUGGAAAGCUUGCAGCGUGCCGCUCGUUCUAAUGAACUGCGUAAGGAAUAAUUUUAGAUGCGAAUCGCACGAUCGCAAAAUUCGCUGCUGCGGUCACAAAUGUUGACACUUGUGUUGCUCACAGCCGUCGUGGUCCCAGGUUGCCGUUAUAAUUUGCAGCCGUUAGACCACUCCGAGUCACAGCCAAGCAUAUGACCGGUAGUGUGAAUACGCCAAAGAACAAUCCGAGAUGACACGCUGCUGUCGGAGCCGGGGGCGUGGAUGACGCGCUCCCUAGAAAAAUGCGAACUUUUUCAAAAAUUAGUGCCUGUGGCUUCCACCAGGCGCAGGGUAGGCCAGGGGUUGAUUCUUUGUUCAA